GCGGGGCAUGACGGGAUUGUGGCGGUCCUCGGCCCCAGUCGGAAGGCAGUGGUGCCUCGGGACGCUCAAGAUGGCGACGUCGCUGGGUUCCAACACCUACAACAGGCAGAACUGGGAGGAUGCGGACUUCCCUAUCCUGUGCCAGACGUGUCUUGGAGAAAAUCCAUACAUCCGAAUGACCAAAGAAAAGUAUGGGAAAGAAUGUAAAAUCUGUGCCAGGCCAUUCACAGUGUUUCGCUGGUGUCCUGGGGUCCGCAUGCGCUUCAAGAAGACUGAAGUGUGCCAAACCUGCAGUAAAUUGAAGAAUGUUUGUCAAACCUGCCUGUUAGACCUAGAGUAUGGCCUACCCAUCCAGGUUCGUGAUGCAGGAUUGUCGUUUAAAGAUGACAUGCCAAAGUCAGAUGUCAACAAAGAGUACUACACACAGAAUAUGGAGAGAGAAAUUUCAAACUCUGAUGGAACACGACCAGUUGGCAUGUUGGGGAAAGCUACAUCUACCAGUGACAUGCUUCUCAAACUGGCACGGACCACACCCUACUACAAAAGGAAUCGGCCCCACAUUUGUUCUUUCUGGGUGAAAGGAGAAUGUAAGAGAGGAGAAGAAUGUCCAUACAGACACGAGAAGCCUACAGAUCCAGAUGACCCCCUUGCUGAUCAGAAUAUUAAAGACCGGUAUUAUGGAAUCAAUGACCCUGUAGCAGAUAAGCUUCUAAAGCGGGCUUCAACCAUGCCUCGUCUGGACCCACCAGAGGAUAAGACUAUCACUACACUCUAUGUUGGUGGUCUGGGUGAUACCAUUACUGAGACAGAUCUCAGAAAUCACUUCUACCAGUUUGGAGAGAUCCGCACCAUCACUGUUGUACAGAGGCAACAGUGUGCCUUCAUCCAGUUUGCCACGCGGCAGGCUGCGGAGGUGGCUGCUGAGAAGUCCUUUAAUAAGCUGAUCGUCAAUGGCCGCAGACUCAAUGUGAAAUGGGGAAGAUCCCAAGCAGCCAGAGGAAAAGAGAAAGAAAAAGAUGGAACCACAGACUCUGGGAUCAAGCUAGAACCUGUACCAGGACUGCCAGGAGCUCUUCCUCCUCCUCCUGCAGCAGAAGAAGAAGCCUCUGCCAAUUACUUCAACCUGCCCCCAAGUGGUCCUCCAGCUGUAGUGAACAUUGCCCUCCCUCCUCCCCCUGGGAUCGCCCCACCCCCGCCUCCAGGCUUUGGGCCACAUAUGUUCCACCCAAUGGGACCACCCCCUCCUUUCAUGAGAGCUCCAGGACCAAUCCACUAUCCUUCCCAGGACCCUCAGAGGAUGGGAGCUCAUGCCGGAAAACACAGCAGCCCCUAGCAUAGCAUCACCACUCAGGUUCUGUGGAAGAAAGGGCGCUCUAAAAUCCCAGUAAAUGAAUCUUGGAAUAGACGUAUUUUUCCUUCCUUUGUAGUUUCCAUGGUAGCUGAAUGUGUUCAGACAUUGGCAGUCAGAGGAUGACAGCCAUGCUUCCCAACAUCUAUUCAAAGGAUGAGUGGACCUCAAAUAAGCUGCCUUGAACACCUCUGGUUACUGCUAUAAUAUUACUAAGAAAACCUAAUGUCUGUUCCCCUUGAACCUUGUGUGGGAAACAAGCAGAUGGGUGAAUUCACAUUUCUGAAGGAGUUAUCAUCCCAAUGUGUUCAUUUUGUAUUUGUAUUUGGGGAGUAGGAGGCAAAAAUUGACCUGUGGUUUUAAAACAAAACAGCUUUUGGCCUUUAUUAUGUCUAUUUGGUAUUUUUUUUUUUAUCAUCUAAAAACAAUUAGUACUAAUCAUUGUAGUCACAUAAGUGUGAUUUAACUUCUUUGAAGUUACAUCCUCAAAGAUAAGCAGAAACCAACACCCAGCACAGCCCAGACAUUCUACUUAUUUAUUUUUACUUUUUUUUUUUUUUUUUGCUUUUGUUACUAAAUGGAUCUGAUGAAUUUUACUUCUGUAUACCAUCAGGAAAAGGCAAAAGUAAAAAAUUACUUUUUAUUCCUAUCAGAGGGAAUCUGGUUUUAUGGAGCUGUGUAUCAUUGAUGAAACCUCGUGUCUGAGAUGAAAUUGUUUUAAAGUCUAAGAAACAUGUGCUUCCACAAACUGAAAGGAAUGGCCCUGGAGUGUUUGAUUGGAAGACUUGCAGCUCACGGCUGGAACUCCAAUCUUCAGCAUUCACCCCAUGUGUCUUCAGCUCUUGCUGUAGUUCCUGCUUCUGUUCAGGAAACUCUGGUUUGGAUAUAAUUGAAUUGUAGAUGGUAAGGGAAAUUUAAUGUAUUUUUUUGUUUUUAAAUAAUUAAAACGGGUCAAUUUUACAAAUCUU